AUGUCCACGCAACGACCAAAGCCAAGGGAUCUCCGCAUGCUGAUAUCUACUUCAGGUUGCCUUCAAAGUCCACGGCACCGUACAAGGCGAGUCCCUCUCCAUCCCAGCUACCCAACAGCUCUCCUGAUCCACCCAAACACUACUAACUCGAAUAACAGGCGUCGGCUUCCGGUAAGAAUCACUGCAACUCAUGCGAUGACAUCAUCUCCAGCAGAGGGACUGACCGUGGCCACAAACUACAGAGACUUCACCCAGAAAUGCGCCACCAGCUAUGAUCUCAAGGGCUGGGUCCGAAACACUACAUGCGGACGGGUCGAAGGCGAGGCACAGGGCAGCGAUGAAAUCAUGAAAAAGUUCUUCCAGCAGAUCGGCAAGGGGCCCCGUAUGGCUCAUGUUGUGAAGCUUGAGAAACGAGAUAUGAAAGUCACAGAUGGGGAGGAUCACUUUGCUGUGAUGCGGACUGGGGAGUCUAUGUUUGAAUCGGGGAACUAG